AUGGUUCUUCUUCGCGCUACAGCAGUAUGUUUGGCUGCGCAUACUCUCCUUGUAGCGGCUUCGCCCGCACAAGUCCCGCUUGUCGAGACGGUCAUGACGGCAGACCCAACCGUUCAACUGGACGAAGGAACGUUCACAGGCAAGUAUCGCGGCCAAUCUGCGCAUUACCUGGGGAUACCUUUCGCGCAUCCUCCAACAGGUGACAGGCGCUUCCGACUCCCCGAACCUGUCCCGCCUUACGAGGGCAACCAGAUGGCCCAGAAGUACGGCUUCUCGUGUCCCCAGCAGCCUCUGACUAUGCCGGGAUGGAUUGACGGCGCAGUAACAAAAGUGAUCAACGCCGCGUUGAACAAUAUGGUCGAUGGUAUCGUCCCGGCCAGCGAGGAUUGCUUGACUAUCAACGUGAGCGUGCCAAAGGACGCGAAGCCCGGGGACAAUCUUCCCGUUGUGGUGUGGAUCUUCGGUGGUGGCUUCGAGAUUGGUGGAACAUCGACGUUUGACGGAGGGGCCGUCGUCGAUCGCUCGAUCAAGCUAGGCAUGCCUAUCAUCUACGUGAGCAUGAACUACCGUGUGACAGCAUUCGGCUUCCUUCCCGGUAAAGAGGUCAAGAAGGACGGCGUCGGCAAUCUCGGGCUGCAAGAUCAGAGACUGGCGCUGCGUUGGGUGAACAAAUACAUCAAGAACUUCGGUGGUGACCCCUCGAAGGUGACAAUCUGGGGAGAGAGCGCGGGCGCGAUCUCAGUCAGCUUGCACCUCCUCACCAACGGCGGUGACAACGAGGGCUUGUUUCGAGGCGCGAUUAUGCAGAGCGGGGGGCCUAUUCCAGUAGGAGACAUCGAACACGGGCAGAAGUACUACGACGCGAUUGUGGAUGCGACUGGAUGCCAUCGUAGCUCAGAUACUCUCAACUGCUUGCGUAACGUACCGUACACUACUCUCAAGCGCGCGGUUGACCAGUCUCCAAACUUCUUUGCCUACCAAGGACUCGUUCUGGCAUGGCUUCCUCGCGUUGAUGGUGUCUUCCUCACCGGCCCGCCUCAACAUCUCGUCCUGCAAAAUAAGGUGGCGAACGUGCCGAUGAUCACCGGCAACUGCGAUGACGAAGGCUCGUUGUUCAGCAUCUCCUCCGGGAACAUUACAUCCACGUCUCAGCUUCACACGUACUUCAAGACCUUCAUGCUGCCCAACGCGAAGGACGCACAUAUCGACUUGAUGUUGCAGUACUAUCCCGACGACCCUCGUGAAGGAUGUCCGUUCGAUACUGGACUGAGGAAUGCUAUUGGUCCCCAGUUCAAGCGUGUGGCGGCGGUCCAGGGUGAUGUCGUGUUCCACGGCCCGAGGAGGUUCUUUAUCAAGCAACGCGGCGACAAGCAGCCGACGUGGUCAUUCAUCAACAAGCGCAUGAAGGACACGCCCUUCAUUGGCGCGGCGCACGCGACUGAUCUUCUCCAGUCCUUUGGCGACUUUGAGCUCAAAGACUACAUCAUCCGUUUCGUCGUGAAUCAAGACCCGAACGGAAAGCAAGGGUUGGGUAUCCCUUGGCCACGGUACGACAACCAGAAGAGGCAGGCGAUGCUGUUCCAGGACUCCGCGAUAUUUCCGCUGCGCGUCGUGAAAGAUGAUUACCGUGAUGCGCCAUUGGACUUCAUCGCCAAUCUUUCUUUGAUCAAUCCUAUUUGA